AUGAAGUCCUUUUUCGCCCUUGCUCUUCCUCUUCUGGCUGCGGCUGCCCCUGCGCCCAUCACCGAGCCCCGGGCCGAUGCCGAUGCCAACCCCAACUUCAGCGUGAUGGCUGUUCGCUCGGCCUCGCCCAUCCACUACACUCAGCUCAACGCUGCCGGACAGAAGUUCUGGCUGGGCGGCAACACCGCCUCCUACUGUCCUCACAUGGAUGGUCUGGAGUGUCCCCCCCGGCCCACUCCGCUAGCAUCCCCCCCUGGUUCCGCCGUUGGCGGCCUCUCCUACGUCCCCGGCAAGCCCUGGGCCCACUACACCUUCAACGGAUGGAACGCAACUGGCCUGAUGGCCUGCCCGACCGAGGACAACCGCUGGCAAGUCUUUGCCGCCAUGCAGAAUGCCACCGUGCCCCAGGGUAAUGUUGGCGACUGCCUCGGUUUCUCGGCCCUCGCUCUGACGUACAAGGGCGAUGUGCCCGCUUGGCAAUACAUCUAG